CGUGACCCAUUCAUUUCUCAGAAUUCGUGAGACAGUGAUCGAUCGCGUCCAUGGACGACGACGUCGUCAUCGUUGUUGCAGCGGCGAGGGAGAGGGCGGCGGCGAGGCAGCCGAGCCGGCAGGGGAGCCUCCGGCUGCGCGCGCUCGCGCCGGGGUCCAUCGACGUCCAGGCCGGCGCCGCCGCCGACGCCGAGGUAAUCCCGCUGCUCACGCCGCUCCAUGCCGCCCCGGCGGCGACGGCGGCAUCCGGUCAGCCGUCGUCCGGCGGCCACCAUGCGAUGACGGCGGCCGCAGCGAGCAGGCAUGCGCUGCGCACGGAGGUCGGCGGCGGAGGCGGAGGCGGGCGGUGCGUCGCCGUGGGGAAGACGAGGCUGCCGGCGUGGUGGUGGCACCCGGCGGUGCCGCCGUUCGUGAAUGAUCAGCCGUCGUCGUCGUCGUCGCCGUCGAUUGGGUUUGUGUUCCAGAACUGCGUUUGAUGCUACCUACUGGCUAGCAGAUCAUGUACAGCAAUGGUUUUUAAUUUUGGUUUUGGUUUUGCUGUUUUUGUUUUCUUAACCUAUUAACAUUGUGUAUAAUCAUGGUGUGACCACGAGCCCUUCUUUUUUUUUUCUCGCUUAAACGA